UUCUUUUUCCAUCGUUACAGUUUAACUUGUGAGUAUUCGUGGAGACACAGUGGGGAUCUCUGUUUAACCGAGCGUACUCUUAAUGUAUGUUGAAUGUGUUGAUCAGCGUGUGUGUUGGUCAUCUAGCCUUGUAAAAGCGACGUUUGCAAUGGAAAAAUACAGGCCCUGGCUCGUACAGUAUUUUAACAGUGUGUUCUAGUAGUAAAGCAGACAGCCACAUUCUGGCUUAAGUGUUUCAGCUCUGAGCCUAAUCCAGGUUAUAUUUAAGGCAUGUUCGCAGUAAAAUCGGACCAUGUAUAUCUUGGACUGACCAUUCCUUUUGUCUAUGUAAGCGAAGGCAGACUGAACGUGAUCGGUUUAGUGAGGCUUCCGUUCAGUAUCUUACAGUCUCUGCUAAUGCUGGUACUAAGUGGAGGACAGUUUUAGCCGUGCUAGCGGUCUGCAUUAGCGGGCUCGUUAGCCUGGCAUCGUGGCUACGUAGCCACGCUAGUGGUGUCUCGGCUGACUAGCGGCUAACGCCAGCAAGGCCUCCAUUGAAGUGUGUGCGGUUUGUCGGUUGCUGCCGCAGUAAAUGAGGGCUUUAGGUCUGCUGAAUAACAAAAAACACCCGCGCGUCACUAAACAAAGCUAAAAUAUAUACCCCGAUUCUUCCUUUGAGUUACCGUCCGGCAAGAAAACGGAGGUCGUGGGGCUGGAGUGUGUUCUCAUGGCCGAGUCAGAGACUGAAUGUGACACACCCGGCCUUGACACACUUGGGUCGGAGUGUGUCAUAGCCCACAGCCAUGUCGACCUUCACUAUGGAGCAGAAACUGAGAUAAUGACAGAAGAAAAGCGUGGAUUAGAGUUGGAGAUCCAUGGCUCAGACUUAAAAAUCCAGGGACUGGGGACAGAGCUCGGAGCUGUAGCUUGUGUGGAUGCAAUUGUAGCGGAGACAGACCAUGAUUACAUUAAGGUGGAACAUGGUGAGAUGCAUUGUUUUACAGGAGCAGAAAUCAAGACAACGGGAAACGAGACACUUCUGGGAGAAGUCCUGCUUAAAACAGAAAGUGAGCAUGUGGUCAAGGUCGAGUCUGACCACGGCGGAGAGUUGACAGUGGAGUCAGAGAAUGGUGUAAUCAUACAUGAAGCCCAUGGUCUGCAGUGCAACGAAUGUGGUGAGAUCUUUGGCAGCAUAGCUGAUCUUCACCAACAUUUUGAGAUUCACAAGGACCUCAACCCUUACAUCUGCGUCCACUGUGGUGAAAGCUUUGCUGUGGAGGCCAGCCUCAAGCAACAUAUGAAGAUUCACAUGAAAGAAAGGCCCUAUGUUCCCCCUGGCGUGGAGAUUAUGGGUAAAGAUGUUAUUGAUGCCUUCAGCAUCAAGUCUCACCAGAUGAUUCAUUUGCCAGACAAGCCCCACAGAUGCUCUGAGUGUGGUAAGAGCUUUGCAGCUGCCAUCACCCUGAGAGAACAUAUGAAGAUGCAUUCAGAAGACAAGCCUUACAAGUGCACUCAGUGUCGAAAGAGCUUUGUUCGCAGACGGCAUCUGAAAAAACACCAGGAGGUCCAUGCACGUGAGAAGCCAUAUACAUGUGGUCAGUGCGGCAAAGGUUUUGCGACAACAUCCAACCUGAAGCAGCAUCAGAAGACCCACACUGCAGUUGUUAUUGGAGAUAAACCCCACCGGUGUGCACAGUGUGGAAAAUGCUUUGCAGCUGCUGCCACUUUGAGAGAGCACCAGAGGAUCCAUUCAAGUGAGAAGCCGUACAAAUGCAACAUGUGCAGAAAAAGUUUUGUCCGCAAGCGUCACCUGAAGAAACACCAACAAGUCCACGCUGGUGGAAAGCCCUACACCUGCAGACACUGCAACAAAGGAUUCAAUCACUCCUCUUCGCUCUCUCGCCACCACAAGACCCAUCUGCAGAAUCCAGUGUUUUCUCCACCGCAGCCUGGAAAACCCAUGUCUUACGGCAGUCCUCCAAAGCAGAGGGUCCACCAGCAGGGAGACAAGCCCUACAUGUGUCACCACUGUGAUAAGGGCUUCAAUCAUUCCUCUUCCCUGUCCCGGCACCAAAGAGUCCACUCAGAGGGAAAGAGCUACACCUGCGCUCACUGUGGCAAAAGAUUCAAUCACUCCUCUUCCCUUGCUAGGCAUCAGAGAGUUCACUUGGAGGAGAAACAGCAACAGCAGCAGCCACAACCACCACAGCAGCAGCAACAACAGCAGCAGUACAGUACCAUCCCCACAGGGAAGGGAUUCCCUAACAAUGCUUUCCCAAAACAGCGCAUCCUGUCUGUUGAAAAACCCUACAGGUGCUCUCAGUGUGGCAAAGGCUUUAACCAUUCAUCUUCGCUCUCCAGACAUCAUAGGAUCCAUGCAGAUCAGUGAGCACCCUUUACUACCCUCACAUGCUGUCUUGUGUAAACGCACACACCCCAUGCCCCCACAUCUCCCAGUUCCAGUUUUCCAGCGAUCUGUCAUUGGUAAUGUCUCACACAACGAUAAACAUCAGGCCAAAUUCUAUACACAUGGUGGUCGGUCAGACAUUGCUGUGGUGAAAUGGAGCAGUUGAGGGAAGAAAUGGACAAUAAGUACACAAGUCUUCAAAAGGAAAAUAGUUUGGCCUGAAGGACUAUGUCGCCUAUAAUUCAGAGCUGAACCUGAGGCUUUGUUCUCAGAUGAUGGUAUAAUAAUAGAUUGUGAAGGAGCCUCUAUUCUUGUUUGUGAUUGUGCUUCACGUGCUCCAGGACCUGUUUUGAACAUUUUUAAAGAAGAAAUGUGGUUUGAAGAUCAACAUGGUAAAAUUGUUAUCCAGAGGGAGAAAUGCUUCACCAUAUGGCUAGUCUUUUUGAUAAAAAAAAAAAAAUCUAUUCAUGUAUCUUCAGGUGGGCACAUGCGCUUUUCAGCUGCAACUUUAUUCAAGGCUAUCAACACAGUUGCUGAAUAAGAACUUUUGUUCUGAUUUCUUUUUCACCCACAUAGUCCAUGUGAAGCAGACAUCAAAUCUAAUGUAAAUACUUACCGAUUUUCUUUUAUAUAUAUAUAUGUAUAGCUGACUAGUGUGCUGUUCCAAAAGAUUACAUUUUGAUAGUUCCACUUAGUCUCCACUUUUUUUUUCUUUUAUGGAUUUAAUUUGUUUUAAGUGUUGGAGAUAAACAUGUUGCAGGUGUUCUCAUGCAGCUUGUCCUUGAAUUUGGGCUCUGUCAGAAGUGAGCCAUCUUGUAUAUUUAUGAGGAUGUUUUCUUGUAUGUUUGCAUUGGGUUAGCAUUGCUACAUAGACUGUACAGAGAGCAAUACUGGCUGACACGCGAUUCUAUUUUGACAUGCGAUCUAGCCACAAGAUAAUGCAUAGUAGAAAAUAAAACCUACUGGGUAGCAUAUUACAACCAGACCUGUGUCCUAAUUAUUUACUGUGCGGAUCCCUCUGUACCAACAGCACCAAAUGGACAUUAAGUGUCACUUUGUUUAUGGCUUUGGAGGCUAAUGUAUAGACUAUAGGUAACCCAUGUUAAUCUGCAAACUUAUCAGAAAUUGAUCUUAAAAAAAAAAAAAAAAAGAUUGUGUAUACUAAACUACUACAAGGAAAUCUCACUUUUACAAGGUUUUUCCAAAUUCCAAUAGAUUGCGCUCUAUUUACUGUUGUGUAAAAUAUCUUUUACAAACUGAUGUAUUUUUUUAGAUAUGGUUUGGGUUAUAUGAAAGGGAAUGAGAGAUACAGUUUUUAAUGGGAGUGAAUAUUAUGGUGAGCAAUAUUUUCUUUUGUUUGGAUAACAAUUGUGCUUCAAACUGUAGCAUAGGUUUCUUCCUUGUGUUAGAUAGGUGCCUUAUUGCAUGCUAUGUAGAGAUGUAUGCCGAGCUGUUAUUUGGAAAAAAGUUAGGGUUUUCAGGAGACCUUUCUUCUUUAUGCUAACUUACCCUGCAUUUUAAUUUGAUGUCACUGAUACAUAUUGCUUUUUUGCUUUCAUGUAUAUUACCAUGUGUUUCUACUGUUACUUCCAUAUUGUCUUUUUUUUCUUCCCCCUACAUUUGUCAAUGGCCUCAUUGUAGAGAGAAAUUGUAAAUGAUCCAUAUAGGCUUCUCUUAAGGGCAAGUCCUGUAACACCUCUUCCCAAAUUCUGAGUGGCACAUAUAUGGAUGAAUAAAGGUUGACUCUCUUCCA